CUUUCUUGUUCUGUCACUGUUAUUGCUAUCCUGCCUCAGAGUUUAAUUUAAACUUGGAUUGGUUGGAUUCUGCAUUUUUUUGUAGAUUUCUUGUGUAGAAAAAUUUUGUCGUUUUGUAAGCUUCAUUAUAAACAAUUUGGUUUCUGUGACAUCCCAACUUUUAUCUCAGUGUAUAAUAAACAUAUUAGUACAUUGAUUGGAGUGGACUUGCACAUACUUUUAGUUAAAAACAUGGCAAUGCAAUGUCAGCUUUGGAUGGGGAGUUUGGAGCCUAACAUGACAGAAAGCUUUAUUAUGGCAGCCUUCCACCGAUUGGGGCAGCGCCCACUUGCCGUAAAGGUAAUGAGGAAUAAGUUUACAGGAGAACCAGCAGGUUAUGCAUUUGUGCAUUUUCAGACUGAUGAAGAAGCUAUAGACUCCAUGCACAAAUUGAAUGGCAAACCAAUUCCUGGCACAUUCCCGGUGGUGAGGUUCAGGUUGAACACGGCAUCACGUGAAGCCCGAACUAGCAUGCAGCUGGAGAGGGAGUUCUCAGUGUGGGUCGGGGACCUCAGCCCUGAUGUAGAUGACUACUCCCUGUAUAGGGUAUUUGCUGCUAAGUACAAUUCUAUCAAAACUGCUAAAGUGAUACUGGAUAAUAGUGGUUACACCAAGGGCUAUGGUUUCGUCAGGUUUGGCAACGAAGAGGAACAACGUAAUGCCCUAUACGCAAUGAAUGGGUACACAGGUUUAGGCACCAAGCCUCUUAAAAUAUGUACUGCAGUACCGAAGCCCAAAGGACUGCAACAAAACCAAGGAGGCCCCGCUGGGAACGCAACAUAUAAUAGCGGGACGGAGUACAACCAAUAUUAUGAUCCGUCUGCCUACUGGCAAAAUUAUUCAGCCUGGUCUGGCUACUAUGGGCAGGGCGAGGCGGGCGCCACGCAACAAGUUCAGCCGACGCAGGCGGCGCCGGCGCCCGAGCCCCCGCAGCCCACACAAACCAAGACUCAGGCCGACGAACUCGCAUUGGUUGAACACAAGAAGAGUGUAGACGUUGAGCGGCACAACCAAGACUUCCUGGACACCGAAUUAGGGCUUUGGGACAGCCUGGAGGCCUCCCACUGGUUCCCGAACGAGGGCAUCGAGGCUCACUAGACUUAUUUCUGAUUUGACUGUGUAAAUAUAGAAAUUAAUGAUAUAUAAAUAUAAAAAUGUAUGGGUAA